AUGGCUAAAAAAGGAGGAAAAAAUAAUAAAAAUAAAAAAGAGAAUACUCCACCACCAUCAGACGAUGAAGUUGAUGUUGGAGAUAAAUUCAAAGAAAUGAGACUUAAUUCAUUCACUGCAACUGGUGCACUUUCAUCAAAAGAUUCUUCAAGAGAUGUUAAAAUUGAACAAGUUACAUUAACUUUCCACGGUAAAGAAUUACUUUCAGAUACAACAGUCGAAAUUAAUUUUGGUAGAAGAUAUGGUUUAAUUGGUCAAAAUGGUUGUGGUAAAUCAACCUUUUUCCAAUGUUUAGCAGUAAGAGAAUUACCAAUUCCAAGUCAUAUUGAUAUUUUCCAUUUAAGUGAAGAAGCUCAUCCAUCAGAAAAGACAGCACUUCAAACCGUUAUCGAUGAUGCAGAAAGAGAAGUUAAACGUUUAGAAGCUGAAGAAGAAAGACUUUUAGAAGAAGAAGGUCCAGAAAGUGAAGAACUCUUUGAUGUUUAUGAACGUUUAGAACGUUUAGACCCAACUACUUUUAUUCCAAGAGCAUCAGAAAUUUUAAUUGGUCUUGGUUUCACCAGUCAAUCAAUGUUAAAGAAAACUAAAGAUCUUUCUGGUGGUUGGAGAAUGAGAGUUUCAUUAGCUAAAGCCCUUUUCAUUAAACCAACUCUUUUAUUAUUGGACGAACCAACUAAUCAUUUGGAUUUAGGUGCUUGUGUUUGGUUAGAAGAUUACCUUGCUAAAUAUGAUCGUUCACUCAUCAUCAUUUCACACAGUCAAGAUUUCCUUAAUGCAGUUUGUACCAAUAUCAUUCAUAUGACCCAAUCUAAAUUAAAAUAUUAUGGUGGUAACUAUGAUACUUUUAUUAAAACCAAACAAGAAUUAGAAGUCAAUCAAAUGAAAGCUUAUAACAAACAACAAGAAGAAAUUGCCCACAUUAAAUCUUUUAUUGCAAGUUGCGGUACUUAUUCUAAUUUAGUUCGUCAAGGUAAAUCAAAACAAAAGAUUAUUGAUAAAAUGGAAGAAGCUGGUCUCGUUGAAAAAGUCGUCGAAGAAAAACGUUUCAAUUUCUCUUUCCCACCAUGUGGUGAAUUAGCUCCACCAAUUAUGCAUUUUGAUAAUGUCACCUUCUCUUACAGCGGUAAAGAUGCUGAUAUUUUAUACAGAGAUUUAGAUUUAGCUAUUGAUUUAGAUUCAAGAGUUGCUUUAGUAGGUCCAAAUGGUGUUGGUAAAUCAACACUCUUAAAAUUAAUGGUUAACCAAAUUACCCCAACCAACGGUUAUAUUAAAAAGCACGGUCAUCUUAAAAUUGCACGUUACCAUCAACAUGCUCACGAAGCUCUCGAUCUUACAGUCACUCCAUUAGAUUUUGUUAAAUCUAAAUUCUCCAGCAUGAAUAAAGAUACCGAAGAAGGCGUCGUGAAAUUGGUAGAUUUGGUAUUUCAGGUAAAGCCCAAACUGAAUUAA